AUGGGUGAGGAUGAUGAUGAUGAUGAUGAUGAUGAUGAUGAUGAUGAUGAUGAUGAUGAUGAUGAUGAUGAUGAUGAUGAUGAUGAUGAUGAUGAUGAUGAUGAUGAUGAUGAUGAUGAUGAUGAUGAUGAUGAUGAUGAUGAUGAUGAUGAUGAUGAUGAUGAUGAUGAUGAUGAUGAUGAUGAUGAUGAUGAUGAUGAUGAUGAUGAUGAUGAUGAUGAUGAUGAUGAUGAUGAUGAUGAUGAUGAUGAUGAUGAUGAUGAUGAUGAUGAUGAUGAUGAUGAUGAUGAUGAUGAUGAUGAUGAUGAUGAUGAUGAUGAUGAUGAUGAUGAUGAUGAUGAUGAUGAUGAUGAUGAUGAUGAUGAUGAUGAUGAUGAUGAUGAUGAUGAUGAUGAUGAUGAUGAUGAUGAUGAUGAUGAUGAUGAUGAUGAUGAUGAUGAUGAUGAUGAUGAUGAUGAUGAUGAUGAUGAUGAUGAUGAUGAUGAUGAUGAUGAUGAUGAUGAUGAUGAUGAUGAUGAUGAUGAUGAUGAUGAUGAUGAUGAUGAUGAUGAUGAUGAUGAUGAUGAUGAUGAUGAUGAUGAUGAUGAUGAUGAUGAUGAUGAUGAUGAUGAUGAUGAUGAUGAUGAUGAUGAUGAUGAUGAUGAUGAUGAUGAUGAUGAUGAUGAUGAUGAUGAUGAUGAUGAUGAUGAUGAUGAUGAUGAUGAUGAUGAUGAUGAUGAUGAUGAUGAUGAUGAUGAUGAUGAUGAUGAUGAUGAUGAUGAUGAUGAUGAUGAUGAUGAUGAUGAUGAUGAUGAUGAUGAUGAUGAUGAUGAUGAUGAUGAUGAUGAUGAUGAUGAUGAUGAUGAUGAUGAUGAUGAUGAUGAUGAUGAUGAUGAUGAUGAUGAUGAUGAUGAUGAUGAUGAUGAUGAUGAUGAUGAUGAUGAUGAUGAUGAUGAUGAUGAUGAUGAUGAUGAUGAUGAUGAUGAUGAUGAUGAUGAUGAUGAUGAUGAUGAUGAUGAUGAUGAUGAUGAUGAUGAUGAUGAUGAUGAUGAUGAUGAUGAUGAUGAUGAUGAUGAUGAUGAUGAUGAUGAUGAUGAUGAUGAUGAUGAUGAUGAUGAUGAUGAUGAUGAUGAUGAUGAUGAUGAUGAUGAUGAUGAUGAUGAUGAUGAUGAUGAUGAUGAUGAUGAUGAUGAUGAUGAUGAUGAUGAUGAUGAUGAUGAUGAUGAUGAUGAUGAUGAUGAUGAUGAUGAUGAUGAUGAUGAUGAUGAUGAUGAUGAUGAUGAUGAUGAUGAUGAUGAUGAUGAUGAUGAUGAUGAUGAUGAUGAUGAUGAUGAUGAUGAUGAUGAUGAUGAUGAUGAUGAUGAUGAUGAUGAUGAUGAUGAUGAUGAUGAUGAUGAUGAUGAUGAUGAUGAUGAUGAUGAUGAUGAUGAUGAUGAUGAUGAUGAUGAUGAUGAUGAUGAUGAUGAUGAUGAUGAUGAUGAUGAUGAUGAUGAUGAUGAUGAUGAUGAUGAUGAUGAUGAUGAUGAUGAUGAUGAUGAUGAUGAUGAUGAUGAUGAUGAUGAUGAUGAUGAUGAUGAUGAUGAUGAUGAUGAUGAUGAUGAUGAUGAUGAUGAUGAUGAUGAUGAUGAUGAUGAUGAUGAUGAUGAUGAUGAUGAUGAUGAUGAUGAUGAUGAUGAUGAUGAUGAUGAUGAUGAUGAUGAUGAUGAUGAUGAUGAUGAUGAUGAUGAUGAUGAUGAUGAUGAUGAUGAUGAUGAUGAUGAUGAUGAUGAUGAUGAUGAUGAUGAUGAUGAUGAUGAUGAUGAUGAUGAUGAUGAUGAUGAUGAUGAUGAUGAUGAUGAUGAUGAUGAUGAUGAUGAUGAUGAUGAUGAUGAUGAUGAUGAUGAUGAUGAUGAUGAUGAUGAUGAUGAUGAUGAUGAUGAUGAUGAUGAUGAUGAUGAUGAUGAUGAUGAUGAUGAUGAUGAUGAUGAUGAUGAUGAUGAUGAUGAUGAUGAUGAUGAUGAUGAUGAUGAUGAUGAUGAUGAUGAUGAUGAUGAUGAUGAUGAUGAUGAUGAUGAUGAUGAUGAUGAUGAUGAUGAUGAUGAUGAUGAUGAUGAUGAUGAUGAUGAUGAUGAUGAUGAUGAUGAUGAUGAUGAUGAUGAUGAUGAUGAUGAUGAUGAUGAUGAUGAUGAUGAUGAUGAUGAUGAUGAUGAUGAUGAUGAUGAUGAUGAUGAUGAUGAUGAUGAUGAUGAUGAUGAUGAUGAUGAUGAUGAUGAUGAUGAUGAUGAUGAUGAUGAUGAUGAUGAUGAUGAUGAUGAUGAUGAUGAUGAUGAUGAUGAUGAUGAUGAUGAUGAUGAUGAUGAUGAUGAUGAUGAUGAUGAUGAUGAUGAUGAUGAUGAUGAUGAUGAUGAUGAUGAUGAUGAUGAUGAUGAUGAUGAUGAUGAUGAUGAUGAUGAUGAUGAUGAUGAUGAUGAUGAUGAUGAUGAUGAUGAUGAUGAUGAUGAUGAUGAUGAUGAUGAUGAUGAUGAUGAUGAUGAUGAUGAUGAUGAUGAUGAUGAUGAUGAUGAUGAUGAUGAUGAUGAUGAUGAUGAUGAUGAUGAUGAUGAUGAUGAUGAUGAUGAUGAUGAUGAUGAUGAUGAUGAUGAUGAUGAUGAUGAUGAUGAUGAUGAUGAUGAUGAUGAUGAUGAUGAUGAUGAUGAUGAUGAUGAUGAUGAUGAUGAUGAUGAUGAUGAUGAUGAUGAUGAUGAUGAUGAUGAUGAUGAUGAUGAUGAUGAUGAUGAUGAUGAUGAUGAUGAUGAUGAUGAUGAUGAUGAUGAUGAUGAUGAUGAUGAUGAUGAUGAUGAUGAUGAUGAUGAUGAUGAUGAUGAUGAUGAUGAUGAUGAUGAUGAUGAUGAUGAUGAUGAUGAUGAUGAUGAUGAUGAUGAUGAUGAUGAUGAUGAUGAUGAUGAUGAUGAUGAUGAUGAUGAUGAUGAUGAUGAUGAUGAUGAUGAUGAUGAUGAUGAUGAUGAUGAUGAUGAUGAUGAUGAUGAUGAUGAUGAUGAUGAUGAUGAUGAUGAUGAUGAUGAUGAUGAUGAUGAUGAUGAUGAUGAUGAUGAUGAUGAUGAUGAUGAUGAUGAUGAUGAUGAUGAUGAUGAUGAUGAUGAUGAUGAUGAUGAUGAUGAUGAUGAUGAUGAUGAUGAUGAUGAUGAUGAUGAUGAUGAUGAUGAUGAUGAUGAUGAUGAUGAUGAUGAUGAUGAUGAUGAUGAUGAUGAUGAUGAUGAUGAUGAUGAUGAUGAUGAUGAUGAUGAUGAUGAUGAUGAUGAUGAUGAUGAUGAUGAUGAUGAUGAUGAUGAUGAUGAUGAUGAUGAUGAUGAUGAUGAUGAUGAUGAUGAUGAUGAUGAUGAUGAUGAUGAUGAUGAUGAUGAUGAUGAUGAUGAUGAUGAUGAUGAUGAUGAUGAUGAUGAUGAUGAUGAUGAUGAUGAUGAUGAUGAUGAUGAUGAUGAUGAUGAUGAUGAUGAUGAUGAUGAUGAUGAUGAUGAUGAUGAUGAUGAUGAUGAUGAUGAUGAUGAUGAUGAUGAUGAUGAUGAUGAUGAUGAUGAUGAUGAUGAUGAUGAUGAUGAUGAUGAUGAUGAUGAUGAUGAUGAUGAUGAUGAUGAUGAUGAUGAUGAUGAUGAUGAUGAUGAUGAUGAUGAUGAUGAUGAUGAUGAUGAUGAUGAUGAUGAUGAUGAUGAUGAUGAUGAUGAUGAUGAUGAUGAUGAUGAUGAUGAUGAUGAUGAUGAUGAUGAUGAUGAUGAUGAUGAUGAUGAUGAUGAUGAUGAUGAUGAUGAUGAUGAUGAUGAUGAUGAUGAUGAUGAUGAUGAUGAGGAUGAUGAUGAUGAUGAUGAUGAUGAUGAUGAUGAUGAUGAUGAUGAUGAUGAUGAUGAUGAUGAUGAUGAUGAUGAUGAUGAUGAUGAUGAUGAUGAUGAUGAUGAUGAUGAUGAUGAUGAUGAUGAUGAUGAUGAUGAUGAUGAUGAGAUGAUGAUGAUGAUGAUGAUGAUGAUGAUGAUGAUGAUGAUGAUGAUGAUGAUGAUGAUGAUGAUGAUGAUGAUGAUGAUGAUGAUGAUGAUGAUGAUGAUGAUGAUGAUGAUGAUGAUGAUGAUGAUGAUGAUGAUGAUGAUGAUGAUGAUGAUGAUGAUGAUGAUGAUGAUGAUGAUGAUGAUGAUGAUGAUGAUGAUGAUGAUGAUGAUGAUGAUGAUGAUGAUGAUGAUGAUGAUGAUGAUGAUGAUGAUGAUGAUGAUGAUGAUGAUGAUGAUGAUGAUGAUGAUGAUGAUGAUGAUGAUGAUGAUGAUGAUGAUGAUGAUGAUGAUGAUGAUGAUGAUGAUGAUGAUGAUGAUGAUGAUGAUGAUGAUGAUGAUUGAUGAUGAUGAUGAUGAUGAUGAUGAUGAUGAUGAUGAUGAUGAUGAUGAUGAUGAUGAUGAUGAUGAUGAUGAUGAUGAUGAUGAUGAUGAUGAUGAUGAUGAUGAUGAUGAUGAUGAUGAUGAUGAUGAUGAUGAUGAUGAUGAUGAUGAUGAUGAUGAUGAUGAUGAUGAUGAUGAUGAUGAUGAUGAUGAUGAUGAUGAUGAUGAUGAUGAUGAUGAUGAUGAUGAUGAUGAUGAUGAUGAUGAUGAUGAUGAUGAUGAUGAUGAUGAUGAUGAUGAUGAUGAUGAUGAUGAUGAUGAUGAUGAUGAUGAUGAUGAUGAUGAUGAUGAUGAUGAUGAUGAUGAUGAUGAUGAUGAUGAUGAUGAUGAUGAUGAUGAUGAUGAUGAUGAUGAUGAUGAUGAUGAUGAUGAUGAUGUGAUGAUGAUGAUGAUGAUGAUGAUGAUGAUGAUGAUGAUGAUGAUGAUGAUGAUGAUGAUGAUGAUGAUGAUGAUGAUGAUGAUGAUGAUGAUGAUGAUGAUGAUGAUGAUGAUGAUGAUGAUGAUGAUGAUGAUGAUGAUGAUGAUGAUGAUGAUGAUGAUGAUGAUGAUGAUGAUGAUGAUGAUGAUGAUGAUGAUCAAUGAUGAUGAUGAUGAUGAUGAUGAUGAUGAUGAUGAUGAUGAUGAUGAUGAUGAUGAUGAUGAUGAUGAUGAUGAUGAUGAUGAUGAUGAUGAUGAUGAUGAUGAUGAUGAUGAUGAUGAUGAUGAUGAUGAUGAUGAUGAUGAUGAUGAUGAUGAUGAUGAUGAUGAUGAUGAUGAUGAUGAUGAUGAUGAUGAUGAUGAUGAUGAUGAUGAUGAUGAUGAUGAUGAUGAUGAUGAUGAUGAUGAUGAUGAUGAUGAUGAUGAUGAUGAUGAUGAUGAUGAUGAUGAUGAUGAUGAUGAUGAUGAUGAUGAUGAUGAUGAUGAUGAUGAUGAUGAUGAUGAUGAUGAUGAUGAUGAUGAUGAUGAUGAUGAUGAUGAUGAUGAUGAUGAUGAUGAUGAUGAUGAUGAUGAUGAUGAUGAUGAUGAUGAUGAUGAUGAUGAUGAUGAUGAUGAUGAUGAUGAUGAUGAUGAUGAUGAUGAUGAUGAUGAUGAUGAUGAUGAUGAUGAUGAUGAUGAUGAUGAUGAUGAUGAUGAUGAUGAUGAUGAUGAUGAUGAUGAUGAUGAUGAUGAUGAUGAUGAUGAUGAUGAUGAUGAUGAUGAUGAUGAUGAUGAUGAUGAUGAUGAUGAUGAUGAUGAUGAUGAUGAUGAUGAUGAUGAUGAUGAUGAUGAUGAUGAUGAUGAUGAUGAUGAUGAUGAUGAUGAUGAUGAUGAUGAUGAUGAUGAUGAUGAUGAUGAUGAUGAUGAUGAUGAUGAUGAUGAUGAUGAUGAUGAUGAUGAUGAUGAUGAUGAUGAUGAUGAUGAUGAUGAUGAUGAUGAUGAUGAUGAUGAUGAUGAUGAUGAUGAUGAUGAUGAUGAUGAUGAUGAUGAUGAUGAUGAUGAUGAUGAUGAUGAUGAUGAUGAUGAUGAUGAUGAUGAUGAUGAUGAUGAUGAUGAUGAUGAUGAUGAUGAUGAUGAUGAUGAUGAUGAUGAUGAUGAUGAUGAUGAUGAUGAUGAUGAUGAUGAUGAUGAUGAUGAUGAUGAUGAUGAUGAUGAUGAUGAUGAUGAUGAUGAUGAUGAUGAUGAUGAUGAUGAUGAUGAUGAUGAUGAUGAUGAUGAUGAUGAUGAUGAUGAUGAUGAUGAUGAUGAUGAUGAUGAUGAUGAUGAUGAUGAUGAUGAUGAUGAUGAUGAUGAUGAUGAUGAUGAUGAUGAUGAUGAUGAUGAUGAUGAUGAUGAUGAUGAUGAUGAUGAUGAUGAUGAUGAUGAUGAUGAUGAUGAUGAUGAUGAUGAUGAUGAUGAUGAUGAUGAUGAUGAUGAUGAUGAUGAUGAUGAUGAUGAUGAUGAUGAUGAUGAUGAUGAUGAUGAUGAUGAUGAUGAUGAUGAUGAUGAUGAGGAUGAUGAUGAUGAUGAUGAUGAUGAUGAUGAUGAUGAUGAUGAUGAUGAUGAUGAUGAUGAUGAUGAUGAUGAUGAUGAUGAUGAUGAUGAUGAUGAUGAUGAUGAUGAUGAUGAUGAUGAUGAUGAUGAUGAUGAUGAUGAUGAUUGA